AUGACACGUCAGAGAGUUAGAAGCACGUCGGCAUCAUAUUUUGAGCUUCAUCGUCCACGUGAACGGUUAGCAACAGCAUUGCUCUGCUUGAUCCAUUUACCAGGAGACAUUUGGUGGAAAGUGCUUGACGUAGAGGUUGUGUCGUCUGAGAUUACUAUUGGUGGCACAAAAUAUCGUUUAGCAGAUGCUCGAGUUGCUCGUGUGUCAGAUUUUGGUGACAAAGGCACAAUAUUUAACAUCAAGACUCAUCUGGUCCAUCUUUUAAACCCUGGUGAUUAUUCUCUUUUUUAUGAUCUGUACAGGGCAAAUAGUAAUGACAUGGAGUUUGACAUGUACAAAGAGCACAUUCCUGAAGCAAUUUUAAUAAAGAAAAGUUAUGAAGAAAAGAGCCAGAAGAAACGUGGGAAGCAUCAAUACGGACAACUCUUGAAAGAUCUGGAAGAAAAACCUGGUAUGAGGUUCAACAUAUCAUUGAACCGAAACAAGGAGUACCAGUCACCAGUGAUGGCAUCGGUGACUGAUGGUGAUGACCUGCCUUCUGUUCCAUUGCAUGAAUUGUUGGCUGAUCGUGAUGGGAGUGAAGAUGAAGAUGAAGAGGACAACAUGACAGAACGAACAAAAGCUUCAUAUAUCUUGAUAUAUGGUUACAGCACUAUUGUUAAUCGUGUUCCAAGAGGGCCCAUCGCUUGUGAAGCAUCUUCACCCAUUAGUGUUGUUGCUUGA